AUGGAUACAAGGAAUAAGAAGAAACGAAGCGCAGUUAAGAACGUGAUCAAACGGGCAGAACAAAGAGCAGCUGUACCAGUCGUACUGAAUGCACAACCGCUCGAUGAAGAAGAAGAUGCUGAGGAACUUAACCAACGGAAGAGAAGGACAACCGAAGGCUCAACCGCAACUCCAAGCGUCAGACAAAUUAUCGCUCUGCCACCGCCUCCACCAAAACCGGUCUGUACCAAUUUUGGGUUCAAGAAAAAGGGUACCGGUCACUCAAGUGUAUGGGCCGGAAUGAUGAUUGAUGCUGAAAGACGUGAGAGGGAGUGGAAGAAGAAUGCAAGUCUUGAAAAGCGCAACGAAAAACUUGAAGCUGACCUCAAGGCGGUCACCGAGCAGGUAAAUGAAUUGAUGAAGGCCAAGCUGGCUGCCGAUACAGCGGUUGAGGAGGCAAACGCUCGAGCAGCUAAGGAUAUUCAGGAUGCGCUGGACGAAGAAACGAGGAAAGCGAAGGAGGCACCGCGAUUGUCUGAAGCGGAUUUGGACGAACGCGCACGAAAUAUAGCGGCCAGAAAUCCGGAACUCGCAAAAAUCAUGGCGGCAAAACAAGUCAAAGAGGCCAAUCGGUUAAAAGCUCAACAAGACACAUACCACAACUACGAAACGGCUCACGAAAAGGCGGCUUCUUCCUCUUCGGUUCCGGCAACACGGAAAAGGAAAACACCAUCAAGGAAUGUUCAAGUAACCGAGAUGCUGGAGAGGAUCACCGACACGAAUAUCGAAACUCCACCGAACCCGGCUCUUCAAACCGAGGAUGAAAUCGAAGAGAAUCUCGAGCCGCGAUCUACAAGACAGCGAGUUCUCAAUACGGUUCCAAUCAGCACGGUCGGUCAACCGCAAGCUAGAGGUUCAUCUUCAAGAACGGCUCAACCGGAUGAGGAACAACCAACCGAUGACAUGAUGAAAGACUUCCUGCCAUCCGAAUCAAAAUAG